ACAACAAAAGCUGUAAACUACAUCAACCGCUGAAGAAAAGUUACGAUUUGGUAUUUUCCAAUGCACAUGUUGAGAACGUGAUUCUUAUGGAUAAUGUGAUGCCUAAUAUAUCGGAGAUGACUUUGGUGUUUUGGAUAAACACAAACACAAAUCGAAGAAUGGCGCUGUUUUCUUACGCAGUUCAGGACAGUCCUGAUGAAUUUUUUGUGGGAUUUGAAAGAGAGCAGAUCAUUAUUACAAUAAAAUCGUUGAAAAAAGAAAAUCUUCGAAUUCGUCCAAUCAACGACGGUUUUUGGCAUUACCUGGUUAUCAUCAUCACUAAAAUGACUAAGAAGACUUUUCUUGAUGGUGUUGUGAUUUUAAACAAAACUAUGGUCAAUCAUUCAUUACCUUUAUUACGUGGUGGUGGUGUUGUUGCUAUUGGUCAAAAACUUGAAUGCGAAAAUGCUGUUUUUGAUCCAAAUAUGUCAUUUGUUGGUAAAAUAUAUGAUUUAAACCUAUGGAAAUAUGACGUAACGCGGAACGCAUCAUGUACCAUCAUGGGAUUGGAAGAUGGAUGUACUACAGAGCCUCAUGAACAAGUUAUUCAGUGGAGAGAUCUUGAUAUUUUGUCAAGUGGAAAUGUUUCAAGAGCGUUUGAAUUGGGAAUUGUUGUGUAG